ACGUUUUCAAGGAAGCAAGCGGCGCUGCGCUUCCCUACAAAGCUUCGCUCAUGAAAACAGCCCGCUUGUGCGAGUGACUGUGGGUGUUUCGUUGAACGUGCUGUGCUGUUUUGCACAAUAAGAGCAGAGAAGUGAAGAAGGGGAGCUGUGGAGAGCGGCAGGUUGUUGUAAACAUGCCGUCGCCUGUUAGAGUUAUCGUGGUUGGGGCUGGGAGCCGCGGAGAAACAUACUCCGAUUAUGCCUCCAUCCAUCCUGAACGCAUGCAAGUUGUAGGAAUUGCCGACCCAAGAAGUUUUGCACGAAGCAAGCUCCAGAAACGUCAUAAAGUUGCUGAUGAAAACACAUUUGAUGACUGGAGCUGUGUAGCAGAGCGGGAGAAGUUUGCAGAUGCAGUUUUUAUCUGCACUCCUGAUCGCCUUCAUAAGGAUCCUGCAGUGGCUUUGGCAAAAAAGGGAUAUCAUAUACUGCUGGAGAAACCAAUGGCAGUGACUCUAGAGGACUGCAGAGAGAUUGCAGAAGCUUGCAUUCAAAGUGGUGUAAUUCUAACAGUGUGCCACGUUCUCCGUUAUGACCCUGUCAUCAGCAAAAUAAAAACGCUCAUUGACUGUGGGGUUGUUGGAGAUGUGAUCCAUAUUCAACACUUAGAACCGGUGGGGUUUUAUCACUUUGCUCACUCUUUUGUCAGAGGGAACUGGAGAAAUGAGGCUGAAAGCUCAUUUGCUCUUUUAGCCAAAUCCUGCCAUGACCUGGACCUCAUUCAUCACUGGGCAGGAGGACGCAGGUGUAUAAAAGUUUCAUCUUUUGGAUCCCUCAGCCAUUUCAGGAAAGAAAACAAGCCUCGAGGUGCAGCAAAUAGGUGCUUAGACUGCUCUGUAGAGAGUAACUGCCCAUAUUCUGCAAAGAAAAUCUACCUGGACAGAGUUAAAGAGGGCUGGGUGAGAUGGCCAGUGUCAGUGAUCUGCUCCAAUUCGGUUCCUGAUAUUGAGUCAGUAACUGAGGCCUUAAAAACAGGGCCCUACGGUCGCUGUGUCUACGAAUGUGACAACGAUGUGUGCUCAAAUCAGGUUGUUAACAUGGAGUUUGAGGGAGGUCUCACUGCUUCUUUUACCAUGGUGGCAUUUACAGAAGAGAUAUGUGAGCGUAAAACAAGCAUCUGUGGCAGCAGAGGGGAGCUGUCCUACAAUGGAAAAGAAAUCAGUGUAUUCGACUUCCUCACUCAGACGUCCACAAAGCAUACAGUGCAUAAGAACGUACCUGGGGCAUUUAACUCGGGCGGUCAUGGGGUUGCGGAUUAUCACCUUGUUGACGCCUUCAUUUCAGCUGUUGCGAGUGAAGAUCCACUGCUGAUCCAGUUGGGUCCGAAGGAGACGUUGGCGAGUCACAGACUAGUGUUUGAGGCUGAACGUGCACGUCUAGAGAACAGGGUUGUGUUCUGUGAAACUGAUCAUGACUAGGACAUCGAAAUUAAAGGCAAAAAAAUGUUUUUUUAAAUAAAUACAUAAUAACAAUAGAACUGGGUGAUAUGGCAAAAAUUGUAAUAUCACAAUACAUUUAACAUUUUCAUGAUGCACAGUAUGCGUCAUGAUUUUACAUUUUUCUGUGGUAUGAUCAACUGUAAUGGACUGCACUGCAUUGAAUCUACUUUAACAGGCCUAAUUAUGCUGUGUUUGUAGUUGGCCAGUGUACUUUAAGUACUGAUGAUACCAAGGAUAUUUUAGAAAAGCAUAUAGUGACAAAAUAUGAUGUAAUUUUUAACACUAAACAAAUAAUAUUGCACACCCCUAAAAUAGAGGACAUAUUCUCACAAUUGGAUGGAAUGAAUAAUAAUUAAUAAGGUCGGGGGGUGGGGGGAUAAAACAGUUGCUGAUUUGAAUG